AUGGUGGGGCAGGGGCUGUGGGUGUUUAAGCCCCUCUUUGGGGCGCGUAGGGGCCGGUUCGGAGUGGUGCCUGCUCUCUGUGUGCUGAUAGUCAGUGCUGCCCUGCUAGCUCUACUCUUCAUUGACUCCAUUGAGUCAUGGGCCACAUACAUGAAUAUGAACACAAUGGUAGAGGCACAGGGGGGGAUCAUACCCCCCCAGAGUGUCCCCUCAACCAGACCUGAGGAGUACCUCCUUAUGCCCAGCCCUCAUGUCUGCCAGCAUGCCAAGCCCUACCUCAUCACCAUGGUGACCUCCUCCCCAGCCAAUCAGAGGGCCCGCCAGGCCAUCCGGGACACAUGGGGUGGGGAAGUGGAGGUCAGGGGUCAUAGGGUAAUGACCUUGUUCAUGCUCGGGGUGGCCUCUGACCCCGGGCUAGCCAAGCUGCUGAUAGAUGAGUCCUGGGAAAGAGGGGACCUGAUCCAAGGGCGCUUUUGGGAGUCCUACUCUAACCUGACCCUGAAGACCCUAUCGAUGCUGAGCUGGGUCCGACGCUUCUGCCCCCAGGCCCACUUCCUGGCCAAGGUGGACGAUGACGUCCUGUUCAACCCUGGGGCCCUUCUGCGCUACCUGAACAGCACCUACGAGCACGGGGACCUGUACCUGGGCCGGCUCCACCUCCACGUGGCUCCAGACCGAGAACCAGGCAGUAAGCACUACCUCCCUAGAGUGGCGUACCCUGCCUCUGUCUUCCCCGACUACUGCAGCGGCACUGCCUACAUCCUCUCCCGCUCCGCCUUGCUCAAGAUCUCCCUGACGGCCGCUGCCUCGCCUCCGUCCACUCCUCUGCCCCCCGAGGACAUGUUUGUGGGUCUGUGUGCCCGUGAGGCUGGAGUGCUGCCCUCCCACUGCCCACUGUUCUCUGGUGGGCCUGUGGUGCCCUACGGGCGCUGCUGCUACCAGGCCAUGGUGUCCAUCCAUCACAUCUCCCCCAGCGAGAUGCUCCGGUUCUGGGCUGACGUCCACUCCCCUCCCCCCUGCUCCUGGUUGGGUAUGCGUGCCUCCCUGGGGGUCUGUAAAGUCCGGGCCAUGCUGGGGACCUUUCUGGGGGUGGAGCAGGGGCUGUGA